GGCAGAUCGUCGUGGUCUGGCCACCCCGUUAUGGCCUUUGCACUUGCAUGCUGCCCUCCGCUGCCCCUCCGACCCUACGUGGUGCCCGUCUCAACAUGGGUGCUGCAACGGCACUGCGUCUACGCUGGACUGUUCCCCCGACCGUCCUGAUCGCGUUGGGUGGUGGGUUACUCUACACUGGCCGAGCCCAGUCGACCAAGGAAUUGCUCCUGCAGGCUGAGCCAAAAGCCCUCUUUUCGACGAGCCCAGCCCGGGCCUUUGAAAACCUGUCCAAUAAUUUCUCCGAACACUCGGGCCGGGGCAAUUCGAGCCAGAAAUCCAAGACAGACUCGCACCAUGGCGAUGGGGCCUCAAUCUGGACCAAUGUCCUGCAAAAGUUCGAAGAGGUGAAGCAGGCUGUCGGCUCCCCCGAAUGGAUUGAACUGGAACACAUCAAGAGCUAUAUCACUCCGGAUUGGACCCGAUUGCUUCCGUUGUCGGUGCAAAAGCUCCAGCGCGAGCUGUCAAUGGCCCCGGGCUCCCUUGCGGACGAUAUCUGGAAGGAGGCUCAUGAUCCAGACCUUAAUCCCGAAAUACUGCAAACCGCUAAGGUUCGUGUUGGAAAUAGUCUCUGUGAUGAAGAACUGGCGUACAGGCAGAAGCGGCAAAAAUAUGCAAUCAAGGCCCUGGCCUCUUACCUAGACAUCCCCGAAACCGACAUACACCCGGACGAUGUCCCAAUCAUUGCCAUGUGCGGCUCCGGUGGCGGGCUUCGUGCACUUGUGGCCGGGACCGGCUCAUAUCUGGCCGCUCAGGAGGCUGGUCUAUGGGAUUGUGUCACAUACACAGCUGGUGUCAGCGGCAGUUGCUGGCUGCAGACCUUGUACCACUCCUCCAUUACUGGGCGCAAUUUCCACAAGCAGGUUGACCAUUUGAAGAAUCGACUGGGCAUUCAUCUGGCGUUUCCACCCGCAGCACUCAAACUGCUCACCAAUGCCCCAACCAACAAGUACCUUCUUGGUGGCUUAGUUGAAAAGCUUAAGGGUGAUCCCGGUGCAGAUUUUGGCUUGGUGGACAUCUACGGCAUGUUGCUGGCGGCCCGACUGCUGGUACCUAAAGGUGAGCUAGGAGUCUCAGAUAGAGACCUGAAACUCUCGAACCAGAGGUACAAUCUUGCGACUGGGGCUCAUCCGCUCCCUAUCUAUACGGCCGUGCGCCACGAGAUCCCAGUGGUCGAAAACUUGGAAAACGCCGAGAAAAGAGGGAAGCCCGAGGACCUCAUCAAGGAAUCGAAAAGUGAAGCAUGGUUCCAAUGGUUCGAGUUCACGCCGUACGAGUUUUUCUGCGAGGAGCUCAGCGCUGGUAUACCGACGUGGGCCCUGGGGAGACACUUCGACGGCGGAGUCAAUGUCAAGCCCGAGCAGAUAUCUCCCAUCCCUGAGCUGCGUGUCCCCGCGUUGAUGGGCGUUUGGGGUAGUGCUUUCUGCGCCACACUGUCUCACUACUACAAAGAGAUCCGUCCCUUAAUCAAGGGCAUCACGGGUCUCGGAGGGAUCGACUCCCUGAUCCAAGGCAAGACGAAGGAUCUCGUCCGAGUCCACCCCAUCGACCCAGCCACCAUACCAAACUACGUGCUAGGCAUGAAAGACCAGCUGCCCUCAUCCUGCCCCGAGUCCAUCUUCCAAAGCCGACAUCUCCGACUCAUGGACGCCGGCAUGAGCAACAACCUGCCCAUCUACCCACUGCUCCGACCUGGCCGAGACGUCGACGUCAUCGUCGCCUUCGACGCAUCCGCAGACAUCAAGCGAGAGAACUGGCUCUCCGUCGUCGACGGCUACGCCCGCCAACGCGGCGUCAAAGGCUGGCCCGUCGGCGCCGGCUGGCCCCAAGCGAGCGACCAACCCAAGGAAACCGCCGAAACGCUGCGUGAGCCCCAAAACAUCUCGCAACAAGCCCUAGACAAGAAGAUCACCGAGGCCCAAGACCGGAGCAAGCACCUCAACACCACAACCACCGACACCAACCCCCCAGGAACCAAGCCCGUUCCCCCGACCGACCUCGACUACUGCAACAUCUGGGUCGGCACCACUCAAGAAAUGGUCUCGGGCAAGGAACCCCCACCGUCCAAACGCCUCUUCCACCCGCACGACACCGACGGCUCCGAAUCCGACUUCCACCUUAUGCGCCCGGACGCAGGAAUCGCCGUCGUCUACUUCCCUCUCCUCCCCAACCCCUCCGCCCCGGACUUCCCUUCCCACCCUCACACCCAUUCCUACAGCUUCUUAUCCCGCAAACGCGGUCCAAGGCCAUCCUCAUCACCAUCACUACCACCAUCACCGGCUACUAAACCCCCCACUACCACAACCGACACCUCAAAACCCCUAUUCCCGCACCCCGGCUCCAUCAACCCCGAGGUCGACGACUUCCUCUCCACCUGGAACUUCGUCUACACGCCCGAGCAGAUCGACUCGGUGGUGGGGCUGGCGAAGGCCAAUUUCGCGCAGGGUGAGGAUCGGGUUAAGAGGGUGGUGAGGGCCGUGUAUGAGCGGAAGAAGUCGGAUAGGUUGAGGAAGCAGGAGAGGGAUGCUAGGCAGCGGAUGGAGGGGUUUGUGCCUUUGUAGGUGGUGAGUUGAUGGAAAGGGAGUAGGUGGUUGGUAGAUGGAUGGAUGGAUGGAUGGAUGGAUGGAUGGAUGGAUGGAUGGAUGGAUGGAUGGAUGGUAUGAACUGAUGCAUGCCAUCCAUUGGUAAAUUAAUUGUAAUUGGAGUUUUUUGGUGAAGGUUAGGCAUACGGCAUAAAUAGCAUAAAUACUUACAGGCAUACAUACAGAUUUCAUAAUGGACCACAGACUGCAGAUAGGCAGACAGACAAACAG